CAAAAUCCAGGCAUUCUUAGUCGUGUUGGAUGCACGAUUCACGAUUGCGCGAGCCGCGAGUAUUAUUUCCGCUGGCAACCCAGGUCGGCGUGGGUCUCGGUGCAUAAUAGUUAGCGUGGGUCGAAUGUUUUAUUUUAAGUAUUUACAUGAAUCUUCAUCGAAAAUUAUUGUAAGAGAGGUGUCACAAAAUAAGUAAUCGCAGUAUGGUAAGCGGUUGGUCUAGGCGGCUGUAUUCAGUUUAAACGUACGGCAUACACACUUUGAAAAUGUCGCAGCAGUACAGUUUGCGCUGGAACAAUCACCAGCCGAACUUUAUAUCGAUGUUCACGACUCUGCUAAACACCCAGACCCUGGUAGACGUGACCCUCGCUGCGGAAGGAAAGCAUCUUCAAGCCCACAAAGUUGUCCUGUCAGCUUGCAGCACAUAUUUUCAGUCACUGUUCGUGGAGAAUCCGUCGCGCCAUCCGAUCGUGAUCCUCAAAGAUGUUACCUUCGCCGACCUGCGUACUAUGGUAGAUUUUAUGUACUAUGGUGAAGUCAAUGUAACUGAGGAACAGUUGCCACAGGUGCUGGACACCGCGAAGCUGCUUAAAAUUAAGGGUCUGACUGAGAUGCCAGAUUCGACAUCGCUGACAAGAUCACAGGGUACAUCUGCUGAUUUCCAGUCGCCAGGAGAGUCCGUCGAUUCGCAGAGGCACUCCGCCUCUCCCACCACAUCGCCGUCUAAUAAAAGGAAACGUUUCGUGCGCAGGAAGAGUUCGACCGGCUCCACGUCGCUCAACAUGGUGAUCGGCGAGGACGCGCGGCCCGAGGACGUGCACAACUUGGAGAUGAUGCGCGCCGGCGAGAGCAUCACGCUCAGCAGCGUGCCGCAACAGCGCCGCCGCGACUUCGACGACAGGCCGCUAGAUGGCGGACAACCGAAUGCCGAAGCUCAGAACUUGAACGUGGAACCGGUGGGAAUGGAACCGAAUGCGUCCGGUAUGCCCCAAGUGUCAGCAGAGUGCGGCGCGCCGUCUGGCCUGAAGAUUCGGCGGUCGAAACACUUCAAGCGUCAGAACCGCGUGCCGGACGAGCGCGAGGUGCGCAAGCAGUGCUCCGAGCCGUCCGCGCCGCACGCGCCGCCGCCCACGCUGCAGAAACACGAGUCCUACCCGCAGUACGCCGCUGCCAAGAGUCGCCGACCGAAGCUCCCUGACCGGGAAGUGGGUUCGUUGUUGAUCCGCGCGGUGACUGUGAUCGACCGGCAGGCGUCGGCCGCGUCGACGGCGUCGUUCGACAGCGACACGACGGCGACACAGCGCGCGAGCCACACGCCCGCCGUGCGCUCCGGCCCGCCACUCAGCUGCAACUUCUGCUGGAACACGGUUGAUGAGUGCGGCAGGAUAUUGCGCAGGAAGACCCAGUACCACUGCCCGGAGUGCCGCACGAAUCUGUGCAUCGUGCCAUGCUUCCACGAGUACCACGAGGGCCCCGAGGACGCCGCCGCCAACGCGAGGUGAACCGCACGCCAGGGACCAUGUGUUAGUUAAAUAGCAGGUUAGUUGCGUUCCACUGUUCGUGUCUGCAUAGACGGAAUAAGAUGACGAUUCGGGAUGUUUGGGUGAUAUAUAUUAUGUCUUGGAAUUAUAAGUGAUUGGAGGUUGAUUAGGUAAUUUAUCUAUAUUGUAGAGUUUUCUAGCAACCAAAUAAAUUUACAUUGACGCGUUUGUGAUUCUGAGAUGGGUUAACACGAGAAAGGCUUUAUCGAUUUCAUUUUGAAGGGAUAAACUCCUGUUAAUUUGUUUUUGUGUGAACUUGCGAUAUGCUGAUAGUGUUAAAAUUGUUUUGAAGAUAAAUAAUAAAAAUAUAUAUGGUUUUGGUUAUUAUUGUUGCUUAAUUGCGCCUUAAAGUAAAAGUAAGAUUAUAUAAAUGUGUAUUGUAUUUUGUGAUAUUUUUUAUCAUAUUGACCAGGAAGCGUAUAUACCUUAUAUUAUACCUUAUAUUAGAAAGCGAAUUUAUAUCCAGACGUAUAAUUACAUUAAUAUGUUGCAGUGAAAUGUCGAUGCACGUGUAAUCGGGUUGAGUAGCCGAGGCGCGUGGAAUAUCUUUAGUUUUAUGUGAAAGCCAACAUCUCCGUUAUCGCCCGCUAUGUCCGCACGGAUGGGACUGAACGCAGCUAACUGCACGUUUAUUUAUCGUGAUAUCAAAUUUAUAUUAAGGUUUCCGUGGCCAUGGAUGUUUAUUAAAAUUGUUUUAUCUCUCGUGUCAAAGCCUAGGGGCGUUCUUGCAUUUCAUGUGGUGCGAACGACAUUAUGUCGAAAUAUCAUAUCGAAUGACGAUAGUAGCUUGAGCAAUAUUGUCGAAGUUUAACGUGUUUGUACACGUUUUUUUAUUAUUAAUAUACUAUCUAAUUGUCUGUGUGUUGUAAAUAAUAUGUAAAUAGUUGUCUCGAACUUCAAUGAAAUUGAUGUUCGGCUUGGUCCAUGAUUUUGUAUAGAGAUAUAUUUUUGUAUAUUUAAGCUAAUGAUCUAUUAUAAUGUCUACGCAUUUCUGGCGCAAUUGGUGUUUUUUGACAACGUCCAUUUACGUUUCUCAGUGGACGUCAUAACACGUCACAGGAGUAAAAAGUAUCGUGAACAUUUUUUUUAUUUUGUUUAAUUAUAUAAAAAGAAGUUAUGUUGUGGCGUUUUUAAUUUUAUUUAUAAGUGUUGACAUAAUCAUUUGAUUUAGAUUCUGUGUUGAAAUUUAUUCAGAAGUUAUUUUUUUUUAACAUGAAUGGACAUGUCAUGAUAAUUUAAAGAUAUGUAUAGCCGCGAUUGUCUAUUUUAAAACAAAACGUCUACUAUAUAUUACUAAUAUCAAUCUAUUAUCCUACUUAUACAUAUGUAGUUACCUAUGUGAGUGAUAACAUGACUUCGAGAUAGGGUUGCCAUCAGAGAGAAAAUGUAUAUAAUAAUACAAAAUGUACACUUGUAGUAUUUUAAGACUGUUCGAAUUUAGGACGUAUUUACUACAGAGUUGGGGAGAAGGAGACACAUUGGUACACAUAACAUAUAUAUUUAAAAAUCAUAAAAAAUGUCCGCUCUAUAUUUUUUCUCUUAUAGCUGACCCGACAGACGUUGUCCUGUCUCAACUAUGUAUGCAUGCGCGCAUUCUGCCGAUCACUGACAGUUCUUUCAAACCACUGACAGUUAUGUAAAAUUAAUAUUGUCGUUAAGUUUUCUUAAAUUUUCUAAUUUUCCGCAUAAUUUUUUUAAAUUUUUUCUUUCAUAAGAACCUUCUCCUGACAAACACAACAAAAAAAAUUUUGUAAAACGGUCCAGCUGUUCACGCGUGAUGGCGUGACUAAGGGAAAUAGGGAUUCAUAUUUAUAUAUAUAGAUUCACAUAUGCCACAUGUUUAUGAAUGAUUUUUAUUAAUAAUCCAAUGUGCCCCCAUCUCCCUUAUAUUAUUCUUAAAUUCGGCCAUGCGUUGACUGUUUCUCUAAUGUUAAUUAUAGACAUGGAUUAUCAAUCGUCCGGUACUAUCGGUUAAAUGAUAAUUGAUCAUUUGCCCCUCAUUGGUACGCUACUGUUUCACUGAUAUAACAAAUCUGGAAUAUACAUGCUGCUAAUAAUCAAGCUUAUGUACUUAUUAAUAAAAUACAUUUUCAUUGGCAAUUUCUACCGAGCCUUGUCGAAUUUAAAAGCUAAAGUGAUUCAAACGAACUGUGGAGCAUAGGCUAUUUAUGGAUUAAAAGUUUAUUAGCGAGAAAUAAAACGUGCAUUUAAAUUAAUUGAGACAUCUUAAAGUAAGAAUUUGAACAUUAAACUAAACGAUUUUUUUUCUGUUUAGCAACAUCGCGAUCAUCUCCUCCCUCAGGGAUUAAAACCUUGGCAAACAAAAAUAUAUAUUUGAUCAUUUAGGAUUUUAUAAAAAAAUAAUUAUAUGUUAUUAGAAAAAUAGCCUUGUGUCCUAUGUCACAAAAUUAUUUUAAAAAGUAGAUUCUUGUGCUUGGUAGCAUGUGUUUCCAGACAUUAUAUAUACUUUUGAUGACAGUCGUUAUAUUUCAAUAGUUUAAUUACCAAAAUUAGUCCAAUCAGUCCAAAAAUGUGUUUAUAAGUAAUUGAAAGCAAUCAAAUAAGUAUUUUUAUGGAAACCAUUUACUAUAGUUUUUCACGAUUUUCUACUCGCUUCAUUAGAAUCACUCCGGGUCAAACCCAUAAGGCACGUUCUACAGCUUUAUCUAAAAGAGCGAGUCUGUGUGCCUUUCGCUCAACUGUAUAGAUCUAUAUAUAUGCAAGUUUUUACUGGCCGUUAACGGCUUUGUUACCUAUAGUGCCCUUUAGAUAUCCUUAGUGUCCCUCGAUUGGGACCAUUCCCCUAAUAAGGAGCUAUUUAAUCCAUUAUAUUAUGUAAGAUAUAAUAUGGAUGGAAAUUUUAAUGAUGAAACAAGAAAAGGGACGUUUUCCAUAAAAGCGUCAACUUUAAUCGUUGAAAUAUAUUUUACAUGUUAUAGUGUUAACGAAAUUAUGAAUUUCUUGAUUGAAAUGUACUUUUAAAGUACCCAGGAUUGUCCUCAUGAAAUUAUAAAAAAUUAUCCAUCUUUGAAAUUUAACAAUUAUUAAAAGUUUCAUAUUCUAUUAGGGAAUGGGUAUGUGAGAUUAAAUUGGCCAUACCUAAAACAAACCUUGGGUUUAAAAUAUUGUUGAUCAAAAUUAUACAGGGUGUUAAUUAUUUUUGUACAUUAAAAAUCUAUAUAUGGUACAAUCAAUAUUUAAAAAUCAUAGUUUUCAAAAGUCUAUCUACUUCCUAAAAUAUAAUAGAUUAUACUUUCUGAAAAACAUUAGGCCAUAAGAUUCAAGAUACUGUUACUAUGAUGAUAAAAGUUUAAAUUCCUAUUUGUACCAGGCUGUGCCAAUUUGAUUCUUAUAUCCGUUGUAAGCGAAAUAAUAUAUCAGAUUUGUCUUUGUUAUAUAGAUAUUACAUUUCUACAUAAAUGAGUGUAAGCAAUAGGUUCAACUAGGUUUAUUUAAACUGUUUUCUCAGUGACUAAUUCUGAUGCAGUCGCUGGGAAAUGAGCUUACGUUAAAAUAUAAAGGGUACCUAUAGCGAAUUAUUGACUAUCGGGAAUAAAAAUGUUAUAACAAUUAUACCUUUGGCUAAUGCACAUAUAUAUAAUGUUGACAUAUCAUAUACAUGGUUACAUUUAAAUGUAUUUACAUUUUUUACUUGUGGGUAGAGUCGUAGCUUCGGGUAUUCUAUUAUAGUCCAGUGAAAUAGGAUUUACCCUCGGAAUGAAGACUGAUGGGGGGAAAAGCGUUGACUCCGUCGAUAAUAUAACAAAAUAUUGCUCAAAAAAUAAAUUAGAAAUUUUUAUGCUCAAUUUCAUAGUAAUUAAUCUUUUUGAUGCAUAAGCAAGAUUUUGGUCAAGUUAAGGGCCCUUUGGACAUUAUUCCGUCGAGUGACUUUUGACCCGAUGCUCGGGCCAAAAAGAUCUACGCUAAUUACCCUGUUGUUGUUCAUUUCGAGUCUUGUUUUCAACCUUAUUUCACUGUUAUUAAAUAUUAUUAUAUUAUUAAAUUGUAGUGAUUUUAAAGUCACGUCUCGUCUAUCAGAUAGUCGACUUAUUGUGCUAUCGAACUUUGUACAUAGGCCUUUUGGACUCAGUCAGUCAAUAUUGAAGAUUUUAUAUAUAAUUAGUAGGUUGUUGUGUUAGCUUUUCGCGAUUUGCCACAACUUGCUGUCUGCCACAAUCUUCGUAUUCAGUUAAAUAGAAUGUGUAUAUUUGUGACCGAAAGGCUAGAAUUCGUGGCUGUACCACUUUUUAUAGUUUUCUUUAGUAGAUUAGACGAGGACAAAUGUAGAUAAUGCCAUCUUUAGAGAUUUUCAUAUAAUGUCAUAGUUAAGAUCUCUGUAUAAAUAAACGGUGUUUUAAGAAACUGUGUCGAAGAAUCGAUAAAUGAGAGAUAUGUGUAUGAAUAUUUUAUAAAGUUGACGGUGAUGCAGCUAAGCGUAAGGCGCAAUGGGCAGGGAAUUUGCUGUGGUCGUUAAGGACUAUAUUCACUAGACAUCGCUGAACGCCUAAGAAAAUUUGAUAACCAUGAUUGUAAGGUUUGAUGCCCAUUUUAUGUUGGAUCAUGUUUUACAGUUUAAAUUUCUGUAGCUUCAAUUCAUCCAUUAAAUUCAGAUACUUUAGAAUUCUCAAACAAUCCCUUAUAUUUCAGGGCCCGUUGCGCCUUCGUUUCUUCUCUAGCCGCGGUGCUGAUUAUUGUACAGUUUUCUAGUGGGAUUUUUCAGUGGAGAAGCUCAGAUAUUAGUAGUUUAUAUCGACGUGAUAUUUAGUAACGUAGUAUGGUUCUAGGACGUGCAAUAACGUUCAAAUAUAUAGUUAAGUGAAGAAUUUUCUGACUAUAUGUAAUUUGUGUAAACGAUUCAAAGUUAUUGUCGUUUCUGUGUUAAUAGUUUAUGAAUUCUCUUUAUAGCUUAACCAUGUGUUGUAAAAAUUACUUGAAUAUGGACUCAAUGAAAUAUACUAUAAAGAAAUACAUCCAUUAGUCGACGCCUAGGUACGUCUUGUGUCGUGGGUAUCACGUUCCCACUACGUCUAAAUGCCAACCUAAUAAUAUAUUCAUGUGAACCAAUAUUUUAUUUGGCUAUGAGGAACGAAUUCGCAGUAUAUUUCAUACAAACGAUUUGUGUUUUUGUAACGUUUAAGCCAUGUGCCAACAAGCGAUGUAAUUUUCAUUUUGUUUCGCUUUUCCGCACUGCACUCGCGUAAUGUAAUCAAUAGGUACAGUCAGUGUAACAUGUUAUUUCUUCAAAUUGUGUCAUUACGCUUAAGAAGCAGUGGUAUACCAUUAUAAUGCAGUAGAUAUUGUAUAAUAAAACACUUAUAGAUGUUGUAAGACUUAAUGGACGUGGAAAAAUGUUUACGUUUUGAGACUGCAGAUGAAGUGACGAAUAGGAUCUUAAAAAGGCCCUUAUUUGUGAAAAUUUUACUAUAAUUUUUAUCAGAAAAGAAAUUUUCUUUAAUUUCUGUCUACGUCCAAACAAUGCAUAUUAAUAUAUUAACGGAAGCACCUUUUUUAAAAAAAAACAAUAGUGCCUAUGACGUAUUAUAAUAUAUUGACGCCGUGAUACAUAUGCGCUCACCUUGGUUUACAAUAGGUGCAUAAAAGAUGAACGUAAACGUUGUACUUCAUUAUAGCGGAAGACUGGUUUAUAUAUCUCGCGUUAGAAAAAAAUCGUCAAUGUGCAUGCACCCUUAUAUAAACUAAACAUUUUUUGGCAACGCUCAGUUAUUAGUGAUGUCAUCGUCACUGACUGUAAGAGGUUACUGUCUUAUGUACUAUUUUUAUGAGACCAAUAAUGACGCUGGUUAGUAAGGCAAGCCACUAACAUUUUUGUAUGCAAUUAAAUAAGAUGAUUGGUGCAAAUGGCUUUACCAAGCACCACUUAUCAGUCAUUUUAUUCAAAUGGGCUUCAUGACACCGCACUCCUCUAGUCGCCGCGAGAUGUUAGUUGUGGAUAUCAAAAUGAACAGAAAAAUACAGUGGAAUUUACCAAAACAUUUAUGUGGCUGCUUACUUAGCCAAACACACUUGAACAUACAAAAACAUGUCAGACUAUCAUCUAAGGCUCCAUUUUAACAAUGUUUGAGUAAACGCUUAUCGUCAUGGAUAAUAUAGUGCGCCUAAAUACAAAAGUCGAACUCCCAAAUCAAUGGUGAACAAAAUAGUAUAUGCAUUAAUUGUCGGAUAAAACUUACUAGAACAUAUAAAACAGUCUCUUAGACAAAUAGUAAAGUUUUCCAAGAAACAUCAUAAAAUGGUAUAUUGUCAAUCAAUUCUUUCAAUUUUUUUUAUAUUGGCAUUGUGUAAAUGGUUCUCAAUUUAAGGUGGGUAUUACAUUUGUAAAUUUUUCUCACAAAAGUCGCGAAAAUUGAACGUUUUUCGCUUAUAUGGUUGGGAAGUUUUAGUAAAUAUAUAUUUUUUCGUAACUUACACUUCUAAAACUAAUAAAUGUAAUGCCCGCCAAAGUGAAAGCUAUAGCUCUGUAUUCAUAUGAACAGCAAGCGUGAGAAUCUGUCUCACCCGAGGCUGCUCAAUCGGUCGCAUGGCAAGUCGUAUUGGUCGUUUACCUUAAGCCGAGGCUCGCCUGGAUAUAAAGCUUGUGUUGGUGCUGAGGCUGCUCCUCUGAAUACUAGCGACGCUGGCUGUGUUGUGGUCGCUCUUUGUAGUUUAUACGGGAUACUCGAAGUGAUAGAUUUGAAAGGAAAUUGAAGUUAUCGAUAUGGAAACAUUUUUAUCGUUUAAAUAAAUCUCUCAUUUUGUA